UUUGCAAAGAGAAAAUGCAGCUACAUAUUCUACAGAGCAUUAAUAUAAAGUUUAGUGUUUGCUUAUUGAUCAGAAAAGCUUAGUUUUGAAAAUGGUAGAGGCUUUCUGUGGCACAUGGAAACUGGUCAACAGUGAGAACUUUGAUGAGUAUAUGAAAGCUAUAGGUGUUGGGUUUGCAGUAAGACAAGUUGGAAAUGUGACUAAACCAACCAUCAUCAUCUCGAAAGAGGGGGAUAAAGUGGUCCAAAAAACACAGAGUACUUUUAAGAACACUGAGAUCUCAUUCACACUGGGUGAGGAGUUCGAUGAGACCACCGCAGACGACCGAAACUGUAAAUCCACGGUGGUAAUGGAUGGAGACCGGCUGGUUCAUGUGCAGAAGUGGAAUAGCAAAGAGACCACCUUUGUCCGGGAGAUCAAGGAUGGGAAGAUGGUGACGAAACUCACCAUAGGGGACGUUGUAGCUGUGCGCACCUAUGAAAAAGCAUAAAUUUUGGGAAUAUCAGGAUUUUUUCUUCUUCACUGGGCAGCAACGGAUAUGACGUGCUUUGAUGCUUUACUGAAAGCACAACUUGCACUUGGUUCCUUCAAAUCUUAUCUGUGAAAGAAUGGACUACCAAUAUUUUGUAUCAUUUAAAAAAAUACCUUUCAGUCAGUGUGAAUCAUUUAAUAAAUAACCAGUUAAAA